UAAUCACUAAGGCUUUGCUUCACCCCCAAAGACCCGGAUGAUCGGUAACUAGGCCGUGUGACGUCACGCCGGUUCCGAGAAUUAUCAGUGUGUGUUCCGAGAUUGAUAAUGGUUUCUGGCUUUUUCAUAUCGGAUGUUUAACGCUACAACCCACUUCCGUUGAAUGCGUUAUGAAUUAUCAAGACUAAUAACAUGACUGAGGAGUUGAAGAGUCAUUUGCUAAAAUUGAUGUCCACAAUUGAUGGGCUUCAUGCUAUUGUUGUUACAGACAGAGAUGGGGUAUUAAUGCUGAAAGUUGCUAAUGAGAAUGCCCCUGAACUGGCACUGCGACCAGCAUUCUUAUGUGCAUUUGGACUGAUGACAGAACAGGCUGGCAAGAUGGGAAUGUCACAGAACAAAUCCAUUGUGUCCAUGUACAGUUCAUAUCAGGUGGUACAGCUGAACAAACCUCCUCUUUUGGUUUCUAUGAUAGCAGAUGCUGAUGCGAAUACAGGUGAUAUCCUACAUUUGGAAAACGAACUUAAAGAUGUUUUAACAGAUGUGGCUAAAGUGAUUCAGAUGUCAUGAUGUUUGUGUGUACUUCCUACCAUGAAAAACAAACAAUUGCCAUGUGAAAUACUGGACAUUGAUCAUGUGAAAACAUCAUUGGUUCAUCAUCAAAUAAUACUGUUAUAAUGUACAGACUGGCUGCCAGGGAAGACAUACCAAUUUUAAAACUGAUAAUUAUGCUGUUAUAUUUUUCACAUUUGCCAAAGUAUAAAUCGUUUGGAAACCAUAU